AUGGUUAAGUCUUCUUUGGACCAUAAGCCACCGAGCUUCACUAUUCUCGAUUCACCAAAGACCCAGCUUGGCCAUACUUGGUUCACCAAGACUGACCAUGAGGCUAUCUUCGGGGUUAUAGACGAACUUUAUCACCCUGUAGUUGGAAUCACGGGCUUGAGUGCGGAAACUUUCAAAGAAAACUAGAGUCCAGGUUAUUAGAAUACUAAUGAUGCUGGAGUUCCUGAUCUUGAAGGAAGUGUGUACUGGAAUUUUAAUGCAUUGGUUGGUCUCUUUUUCCCUGCUGAGGUGGGAAUUAUGGCAAGUUCAAAUCGAUCAACUUCACUGAAAGAUACUCGGCGUUCGAUUCCCAUUGGAACUCUGGCUACAACUCUCACAACUACUGCAAUGUAUCUAGUUUCUGUGUUGUUAUUUGGAGCCCUUGCAACCAAAAAGAAGUUAUUGGCAGACAGACUACUUACAGCUACAGUUGCUUGGCCUUUAGCAGCCAUCAUCUAUAUUGGAAUCAUUCUUUCAACAUUAGGGGCUGCACUUCAGAGCCUAACAGGUGCCCCACGCCUUCUUCCAGCAAUAGCUAAUGAUGACAUCUUGCCCAUUCUUAACUACUUCAGGGUUGCAGAUGGUAGUGAGCCUCAUAUUGCUACCCUCUUUACUGCGUUCAUCUGCAUUGGAUGUGUCAUAGUUGGGAACCUGGAUCUCAUCACACCGACUGUAACUAUGUUUUUCCUUCUAUGUUAUGCUGGUGUGAACUUAUCUUGCUUCCUCCUGGAUCUUCUAGAUGCUCCCAACUGGCGUCCUCGGUGGAAGUUUCACCAUUGGAGCCUCUCUUUUCUUGGAGCAUCACUUUGUAUAGUGAUAAUGUUCUUAAUCUCAUGGUCAUUCACUAUAGUUUUUCUAGCCCUUGCUAGCCUGAUAUAUUAUUAUGUGAGGAUUAAAGGAAAGGCUAGGGAUUGGGGUGAUGGUUUCAAGAGUGCAUAUCUCCAACUACCUCUUCGCAAUCUUCGAUCACUAGGAGCAAGCCAAGUGCACCUAAAGAAUUGGAAUCCAAUCCCCCUGGUAUUCUGCAGGCCAUGGGGUAAACUGCCAGAAAAUGUACCUUGUCAUCCAAAACUUGCUGACUUUGCAAACUGCAUGAAGAAAAAAGGAAGGGGAUGGACCAUAGCCUUUGUGGGUCCUUAUGUAGUUCCAUCUCUACAAGAAUCAGUAGAAUCAUACCUACCAAUGGGUUCUGUGGAUUCUGCAUUCAAGGCUUCUCUGAUGAUUACGCAAAUAAACGAGACCACUAUCCCCGCUGUUGUGACCCGCUUGGAGCUAGCGGUUUUGGAUGGAAGAGGAUCCAUUUUUAUGAUCUAUUUUGGACAGAAGAGAAUCCGAUGGAGUUUCUUGAUUAUCCUUGGACUUCAUUUGAUCUUCUGGUUUACUCUUAACACCCCCCUGCAAACUCAUGGGAGGGAGGACCAUGAGUUUGCCCUUGAGAAAGCAGAACCUUGUAGCAGUGUGACCUUUGGUGAAGAUAUCUGCAACUUGGUCAAGAGUGGAGAGAUAAUGGAUUUGAAUGUCGCGGUUGAGCACUUUCUCUCAGACAAAGUGGACAUCUAUUUCAAUAUGUUUGGUCUGUGCUUGAAAGACUGGAUUAUAGACCAAAGCAAGAGCUCCUGA